AUGACUUUAGAAUUUCUUGUGGUUCCUAACACUGUGAAACGGGUGGGUAUUGAAACCUACAUCAAAUUGCUAAAGAAACACAAGAUCGAAUCAAACGAGGAAAACCCUGUUGACGCAGACAACAGGAUGGAGACAGAGGAGAUCGAGGAGGACAAACCAACAAUAGAACAGCACGAUGUGCCAGCUGAACAGCGUACUGCAGUGUCUUCGACAAUUCCAGAACAAGCAACUGCACUCAACUCCUCUUUUGACCUCCUUGUUUCUAAUCUUUCAGGGAUGAACAUUUCUGGAAACUCCUCUAUUGGCUCACCAAGUCCAAUCUUUGGAACCACAAGCUAUGGAUCUCAUAGUUUCUCCUCUCCUUGUGGCUUCGGUUCCCCACCAACAAGAACCAGGCCCAGCUACCCUAUCCACAAUUGCCUGUUUCCACCGCUUCAACUUUUGCUUCAGACCUCCUUCUCGAAAGAUCGUAAGAUCGUGUUUCCCUCCCUUAUGCGGCCCACUGAUCCAGGCACACUGCGGCUCAAGAAGGGACAUCGCGACCUCAUAUUUCACAGCCCCAUGAUUGAACUUGUGUGA